GGCUUGUUAGAGUGCUGCGCGAGAUGCCUCGUAGGGGCCCCCUUUGCUUCCCUGGUGGCCACUGGAUUGUGUUUCUUUGGGGUGGCACUCUUCUGUGGCUGUGGACAUGAAGCACUCACUGGCACAGAAAAGCUAAUUGAGACCUAUUUCUCCAAAAAUUACCAGGACUACGAGUAUCUCAUCAAUGUGAUCCAUGCUUUCCAGUAUGUCAUCUAUGGAACUGCCUCUUUCUUCUUCCUUUAUGGGGCCCUCCUGCUGGCUGAGGGCUUCUACACCACCGGCGCAGUCAGGCAGAUCUUUGGCGACUACAAGACCACCAUCUGCGGGAAGGGCCUGAGUGCAACGGUAACAGGGGGCCAGAAGGGGAGGGGUUCCAGAGGCCAACAUCAAGCUCAUUCUUUGGAGCGGGUGUGUCAUUGUUUGGGAAAAUGGCUAGGACAUCCCGACAAGUUUGUGGGCAUCACCUAUGCCCUGACCGUUGUGUGGCUCCUAGUGUUUGCCUGCUCUGCUGUGCCUGUGUACAUUUACUUCAACACCUGGACCACUUGCCAGUCUAUUGCCUUCCCCAGCAAGACCUCUGCCAGCAUAGGCAGUCUCUGUGCUGAUGCCAGAAUGUAUGGUGUUCUCCCAUGGAAUGCUUUCCCUGGCAAGGUGUGUGGCUCCAACCUUCUGUCCAUCUGCAAAACAGCUGAGUUCCAAAUGACCUUCCACCUGUUUAUUGCUGCCUUUGUGGGGGCUGCAGCCACACUGGUUUCCCUGCUCACCUUCAUGAUUGCUGCCACUUACAACUUUGCCGUCCUGAAACUCAUGGGCCGAGGCACCAAGUUCUGAUUUCCUGUAGAAAUUUCCCUUUCUCUAAUAGCGAGGCUCUAACCACACAGCCUACAAUACUGCGUCUCCCACGUUAACUCUUUGCCUUUGCCACUGACUGGCCCUCUUCUUACUUGACAAGUGUAACAAGAAAGGAGGGUCUUGUGGUGAUUAACGUCUCUCUGUGAACUCUCCCCUUUUAUGUACCUCUUUUAGUCAUUUUGCUUCAUAGCUGGUUCCUGCUAGAAAUGGGAAAUGCUUAAGAUGGUGACUCCCCACCUGCAAGUCACAGAGAAGUGGAGGCUCUAAUUCAAUUUUCAAGCAUCUCUUGAGGACCAGGAAGUGUUUUCAUCUCAAAGGGCACUUCCACUGAUGGAGACAAAGUGGAAAGGAAGAUGCUCAGGUAGAGAGAAGGGAUGUACCUGGUCCCCUUGCCAUCUUGGGGGCCAACUGUAUUCUCCUUGGUGUACAAAACAGAAAACUCACUCCUGUCUCCCUAUUUCCACUGAAGAUAGAA